AUGAUGAGCGCGAGACGUCAGCAGAACGAUGAGCUGGAGCAAGAGCGCAUCUGGCAGCACCAGCACCACCCUUUCCAAGAGGAGGAGGAACUGGCUGGAGAGACUGGGGUGGUCGUUUCAUCCUCGUUGACGCGGGGGCUUCAGUCUCCAGCCACUACAUCAUCAGCUUUGCCAACGACGCAACACGGCUACCCACACAAGGCCAGGCGCCCACUGGCAACACAGCAGCAACCACAACAGCGCACCGUGCCACACAGCUUGUUUGCUGCUGCCAGGCGCCGCACCACCAGCUUUAACCAGGAGCGGGACCACUCCCCAAGCGACAGGCUCGCCACAGACAGCUUUGUCUUGCACAGUGAUGCCCUGAAAACUCCCUCUAAAGACCACUACCAAGCUCAAAUCCACCGCCUCGAACACGAACUCUCUCAAGCAAAGUACAGCUAUGAAAACCUGCAGCAGGCCUUUGACAUUGAGAUGCGCGAGCAUCAAGCCGACGUGCAGAUGUGCACAGACUUGCGUGACCAGCUUGAGCGGAGUAGAGCCACCAUCAAAGACCUCACAGCACGGGUUGCGCGACUGAGCGGGGCGAUGCUGUUUACGGAUGAGGAGGGCGAGACCACGGAUUCAGACUGCUCAGAGGGCAGCAGCCCUUUUGCAUACGCGCGCGGGCGCCGCCGCCGCAACGGAUCACGCCACAACAGCCACCAUCAUCAUCAUCACCACCACCACCACCACCCCAGCGUGCGGGAGCUUGAGGCGCGGCUGGCGACGUCGACACAGACGAUUGAGGAGCUCAAGUCGCAGCUGCAGGACGUGGGGGAGGACAACGCAUCUCUCUUGCAGACGCUGGCGCAAGCGGAGGAUACCUCCAAUGAAUGGCAGCGCAAACACAUGUCACUGGCGUCUGAUUUUGAGAAGCAGCAGCAGCUGCACCAGGAUGUGGUGGAUGCCCUGCAGGAAGAGAUUGAGCACCUGCACCGCCGCUACGACGAGGACGUUGCGCGGCUGCAAGAGGAGGUUGCGACGCUUCGGCGCGAGCUCGAAGACUCGCAGGAGACGCUGUUUGACCAGCUGCUGUCGCCCACCUCAUCCACGGCACGCGCCUUUCAUCACCACGGCCGUGCCGGCAGUAACAGCAGCAACGGAAACAGCGGAAACAACAGCCGCAGAAGCAGCGGAAGCAACAGCCGCAAAGGCAGCACAAGCGCACACACCAUCGCACACAAGGCGCCCGCCGCUCACUCCCCGUCUCCAACACCUUCAACGGUGGCGAUAGAGUCAGCACGGCUACAUGCAUAUCGAGCAGACGAUGGUGGUGACGGUGACGAGUCGUUUGACUUUGACGAGGCAGCCGUCGAGCACAUCUCGUUGCAGCAAGAACCGCAACAGCAGCAGCAGCAGCAAGAGGAACAGGGGGUCGUGGAUGAUCAUGGCAAUGAUGAUGUUGAUGGUGGCAGCAGCGAGGCUGCAGACGCUGUUGGCGCGUCAAGGCGUUCCGCACUUGCACCGCGUGCCCUGUUCGGCAUUGCUGAGCGGAGUGGGGAGGAGGAGAGCAUUCAAGCGGGGUGGUCCAGUACACCAAUGACACCAACGCCGGCGUGGACGGGCCAUGCGCUGGCGUUUGAAUCACCGUGCUCGACAACAGUCACAACAACAACAAAAACAACAGCAGCAGCGACGGCGGCUACAGCGGAAGCGGAAGUGGCGACAGCAACAUGCAGCCAGUUGCAACAGCACGAGCAUCAGCAGCACAUGCGGCAGCUGGAGGAAGCGGCGGUGUGGUGGGAGGCGCCUGUUGUUGUUGACUCCGACGCCACCUCAACGACGAGUGGCCACAACGACAGCAUGUUUGGGGACCAUGGCAGUGGGCGGCACGAGGCUGCAGCAGAUGUUUCUGUGGGGGACGUGCUGCUGGAUGACCUUGAUGCAACGACGUUUGACGCAACGGAGCACGAGCUGUCGUGGGCGGAGGAAUCCGGCGCCGUGUUUGAGCAAAGCAGCAGCAGCAGCAGCAGCAGCAGCAGCAGCAGCAGCAGCAGCAGUGUUGUUGUUGUUGCUGUUGCUGGCAGCGGUGACCACCAUACUGCUGUGGUCGCUGACUGUGCUCCCGAUUCCCGUGUUGGCGGCAGCGAUGCGGGAAGCAGGGGCAGCACGCCCGACGUUGGCAAUGCCGAUGGUGGUGGUGCUGAUGAUGGUGGUGAUGACGACAGGAAUGAAUGUGACGGCGGCGAUGCCAGCGAUGACGAUGAUGGUUUUGCUGGUGCCAACCUCGACAAGAAUGGCACCAAGGAAACGACAUGCCAGGCGGCAGCACAUGCGACGACGAUGCAGCCGUGCCCUCGUACCCCUUGUGCUUCUUCUUCUCUUCCUCCUCCUUCUCCCCUUCCUCGUCUUCCUUGUCAUGCUUCGGCCGCUGUUUGGCGUGAGGGCCGUGGUGCUGACGACAGCAGCAAGCACGUGGGCGAUGCAGAGGCGGACUGGGCCAACACGUCGGCACCAGCAUUAGCAUCUCCUGCAGCAUCGGUGAUGGCGACAACGGCUGAUGAUAUGGCGAGCUCACCUGGCAUCCGGACAAGUGGCAACACGUCGACGAUGGCGGUGAUAGCACCCACUUCCCCACCAGCACCAGCAGCAGAAUCAGCCGAGCGCGUGAUCAGUGUUGAUAGUGAUAACGUACACAAAGCCAUGGUGGACACUGGGGUACAGGCGACGGUUCCAAGGCCCUGUGGCGUCUCUGUGAGCACGCAAGUGGACACGGCUGCACUGGACUUUGCGAUAGAUGCUGUGGCGCGGGAACAGCUGCCAUCGCCACAACUGGCCAGCCCCGUGCUUGGUGCCAACAUACAACAACAACAACAGCAACAAGGGCUGCAUCGACAACAGACACAGGCACAGCAGCAGCGGCAGCAGGCUUCCUCUGCUUUGAAGCCAUCAUCAUCAUCUUCCGCGUGGUAUUGCCAAUCUGUGGCUGUUGUUGGCGGUGGCUGGGUUGCAGCCAAGGUCCUUGGCAUUGACCCGUUUAAGGACGCGCUCAAGUUUUCGUUCUUCACGUCAUCUGCGCUUGCGCUGGGACACGCAUGGCUGCAACACGCACAACCCGAGCACGCACCGGAGCAACACGAAGCAAAAGCGCCCUCAGAUGGGCCAUUCUGAUGACAUUGACACGCGCCGUGGUGCCGUGGAAAGCGUCGUGCAGUGGGAUAUGAUGUAUCACACGUGUGCGUGGCAUACACAAACGCGCGCGCGCACAGACACACAGACACAGACACAGACACACACACACACAGACACACAGACACACACACACACAGACACACAGACACACAGACAGACACACACACAGACACACACACACACACACAGACACACACACACACACACACACACACAC